AUGGAUACCUUUGACUUGCAGCCUGCGCGGGGCUGGUCGAUGAGGCAUGGCCAUCGUAGGCAGCACGGCAAGGUGGAGGAUGACGUUCUAUAUGGCCGCAGCGUGGCCAAGCGAAGCAUCAACAACAGCAGCCGGAAUCAAUGGUGUGCCUUUGAAGGGGAAAGCAGCCACCAACAGUGGCGGCGAGUGUGGCAGACCAUGAUGGAGGACAAGGAGGUCUUUGAGUCGGACGACUGGGUGGAAGAGUGGUUUGACGAAGCUGAGGAGCUUGUCCUUUCAGAGUCGGAGGAAGAGCUUGACUGGAACGAUGGGGCGAGUUCGACGCAGUCCACUGCGGCCUCCGCACAGGACGCGCCUUUGCGGCCGCGCAAGGCCAAGGGAGCUCGGAAGCCGCGGUCCCUUACUAGGUGGGAUGCCGCAGCACAGCAGGCUACCCAGGCUGCGAGUCAGUACCAGUUGGCCAAGCAGACGCCGCGGCGGACACGCAAAGGACCAGAAGAUGCCGAGGUCGAUCAUUUGACCAAUAACUUGCAGGACAGAUAUCGCAUGAGGUUGUGCUGCCCGGAGCUUUCGCAGCGGAGCAGCGACCCCUUUGAGCGCCUCCGUUUCGACUUCCUGUCGCGCUUCGGGGGCGAGGUGUGCAGUGUCCUGGCGCCACUCUACGGGGACGCCGUGCUGCGGGCAGCGCCGGUGGCGCAGCCGCUGCGGCAGCGGUUCAAGGAGCAGGUGGAGAAGCACAAGGAGAAGCUGCAGGUGGUUCUGCACGGCACGAACGAGAAGAAUUUGAACUCUAUCUACCAGAAAGGACUGUUAGUCCCCAGCUGCGACAACAAUGUGAAAGUCUUGCAUGGCUCUUCCCAUGGCAAGGGCAUCUACACUGCCAAGACUAUCAACGCCCGCUUGGCUUACGGCUUCGCUCUCGGCUCCUCACGGGCUCUGCUGGUGUGCGGGGUCAUCGAUGAUGCCGUUGCACUGCCAGAGCGCGUUGCCUGUGGCAAUCACUUCAUCACAGCGCAGUCUGACCAUGUGCGGCACGUGGGGGACGCCAUCGUAGUCUUUGACGAGAGCCGGUUGCUGCCGCUCUUCGAGGUGUCUCACGCCACUCCACAGCUCGCGCCGCCCCCUGCGCACGGGACCACCAGCGCUCCUGCGGCGCCUGCGGUCAGCCGGGCACCGCUACCGGUGCCAGGCAAGAGCAGGGGCAAGCUGGACGGGCCGAAGACGAGGCUCCCAAAGAAGUACUGCCCUCACACAGAGCGACGCGCUGCUCGAAAGCGCCGCCUGUGA